AUGACUCGAAAUUCUUAGAUUAUCAACACUCACAAAACCAUAUCCUCAGUUGAUGAUCUUCCAGGUUUAACUAUACAUGAGAAGCUAUUUAAAGGAGGAUAUGGUACAAUAUUUAAGGGCGUAGAUCACACUACAAAAUAAGAAAUUGCUAUUAAAUAUUCUAAGUUUGACUUAUCUAAUGAAUAUAAAAUUAUGAAAAAGUUAUCAAACAUCUAAGGAAUUCCUAAAGUGUACUCUUUGGGAGAAUCAGGCAAAUCCACAUAUUUAAGCAUGGAAUAUUUAAAUUCAGAUCUGCAUACUAUAAUAGCUAAAAUGAAAUAACUCUCUUUAAAGUGCAUAUGUUGUAUUGGAAUUAAAGUACUUGAAAUAUUGAAAGAAGUUCAUGCUUUAAAUAUUGUACAUAGAGACAUUAAACCAACAAAUCUAAUGAUAAAAUCACUUGAAGGUGUUUAAUAUUGUAAUGAUUUUUAGAUUCAUAAAUAUAUCUGAUUGAUUUCGGAAUAGCUAAGGAUGCUGACUAGUUUGUGUAUUCUCAAGAAGUUGAAGGCACUCUUCUAUAUGAUCCUCUUUAAGUACAUAGAAUGUUACCUUACAGAUUCAUUGAUGAUAUUGAAAUGCUUGCCUAUACACUUGUAUUUCUCUAUAAAGGUAAAAUAGUAUUGAUCAUAGGUAAUCUUCCUUGGAUGAAAUAUUCAAAUAGUGUACUCUACAAUGAAGAAGUGAUGAGACUUAAGGAAUAAUUUUUAAGUUCUAAAAUAAUGAGUAGACUUCCAUUUGCUGAACUCUUUGGGUACAUAAAAUGGAAUCAGAAUGUAAAUAAGCCAGAUCAUGAUUUUUUGAUUUCAUUAUUUAAAAAGAUUUUGAGAGAAAAUAAAAUGUAAGAGAACUACCUGUAUGAUUGGACUGAAAAUAUCACUCCUCUUACAUCUUCUAAAACAAAAACUACUAUCAGUAUCUUCAAUUACUUUUGUGAUGAAAAUGAACAUAGUUAUACAGGUAUUUAUAUUAAAAUAGUAUAUAGAUUUAUCUGAUGAUGAAGAAAGCCAAAGUGUUUUUACUUUGACACAAUAAGUUUACAAAUUCUUUAAAAAAGAAUGA